GAAGUUAUCUUUCAUUAUACAAAUCUCAAUGAACCAGUCUGAAGCUGUUCAUGUUCAAUUGUUAUAUUAAAUCUUAAAUGGUUUUAAAAGCGAACUUGCCUUGGCAAUUGCUGAUGUUAUUUUACUUUUCGGCUUACUCUUGGAUUAGGUUAAAAUGUUUUUCAAUCAACUAUCUGCAAGGUAAAACGGUUAACAGCCGUUGAACAUCAAAUAUAAAAAUGAAUCUAUUUAGUUUAGUGCAUCAAUUCAAUAAUGUAAAUAGUGAUAAUCAUGCUGUGAUACAAGAAACAAGUGUUAAUAGUGAUAUCGUCAUGGUAACUAAUUCUUUCAACAGUACAACAUCCAAAGGCUCAUUCAGUUCAACAUCACCGAUGAAAUUACAAAUAGCCAGUGAUAAAUUGAUUCUUUUGCAUGAAGAAAAUAAAAAUGAUGAUUUCGAGAUUUCGGAUGAAUUGACCACUCAUUUGGAUGCAACCUGCCAAUCGUCUAAAAUUACUAAUUUGAAAAAAAUGGAGGAAUAUCGAACCGUUAAAUUGGUGAAAGAAAAAUCUAUUGGUUUUGGUCUAAGCAUUAAAGGCGGCUGUGAACAUGGUUUACCAAUAUUGAUUUCAGGUUUAACCAAAGAUGGUCCUGCCGAUAGAAGCCGGCAAUUGUUUAUCGGUGAUGCUAUUGUUCGUAUUGAUGACUCCGUUCUCACUCUUACUCAUACAACUCAUGAGGAAGCAAUUAGAUUAUUAAAACAGGCUGGAGUGGAGGUUAGUUUAACCGUCAAACAUUUCAAGAUGGUUUCUCCCUUCUUAACAAAGUGCUGGAAAAAGAAACAGACCCUUGACGAGGCGGGAGAUCUUAUGGUCACAUCUAACAACAACGUAGAUUUGAUGGUUGAUGAAAAGCUUUUGACUAUAGUGACCAAGAAAGAGAUUAUAUGUGACUCAAAUUUUAAAAGUGGACCUGGUAAAUUGGAGCCACAGAGCUGCGAAGGAAAAAUAAAGAAAAGUAAAGCUCUCUCUUCCAAGGCUGUUUCCUCUGAGAAACAGAAAAAUGUCAAAAACUGGAUUCCGCUCAUCUCAAUAGAUUUGGCAACUUGUUUUGUUACCAAAUAUGUCCACGAUAGUGACAAGAUUCGACCUCAUGGUUUUGAAAUAAGGUGGUUGACAGCAGUCGAUUCUCAAAGUAAACCAAUAAAAUCAUAUCCAUCAACUGCAUUUUCCUCUUCAUCAUCAGGCUCGGCGUCUUCUUCAACUUCCUCAACCACCUCAUUAUCUACACCUAAGUCAGUCGACUCUGGUGUUGGAGUUGGCAUAAAAUGUGCCUCUAAUAGUACAAUAACGUCAGUUGAAAAUCCCAAGGAACCUUUAGUAGUCACAAAAACAUAUUCCUCUGCCAUAGUCAUUUGCGACAAUCAAGAAAUCUAUAGAAAGUGGUUCUUUAAUAUUGAUAAAAGUGUCAAAACUGUGAUCCACAAUCGAGUUAAAUUGUUAAAUAGUUAUUUACCAGGAUCUGAGAAGAUUCAUUUCAUGGGCUGGAUUAGUCAAGGCUUACCUACAACUUCAAGUGAACCAUAUCGUCCUUGUUACCAUUGGUAUACUCGAUACCUUGUUUUAAAGGGUGGUGAUGGCCUAAUUUACAAAAAGCCACCUAAUGGUCUGCUAUGUCAUCCUACUAAUGAUAAUUCAUCUUUGCCCUGCAUCAGGUGGUCUGAGGGUGAACCAUACCUUUUUAAAGCUCAUCAAUUAAAUCAUCAAUCAAUAUUACGUUGUCUCAAAUCAAGUGAAUAUGUAGAUGAAAGAGAAAAUUGUUUUCUUUUGUUAUAUUGCACACCAUCAUCAGUAUCAUCAACUGGAGCAAUUAAAAAAACAACAGCACCUUUGUCAUCAAAUAAAAUACCAACUACAACAUCAUUUCAACCACCAAGAGAUGAAACAAAAAAAUCAGACACAUCAAGUCUAAACACAAACAAGAACAAUUGGAAUCGUGCAACUUACCAAUCUGUCACACAAUUAUCUGUCACACAAUUAGGGAGCAAAACAUUUCCUGUUACCUGUUCCGGUAAAAUGGGAAAUUUGGUCUUGGAUUGGCGACUUGGUUUCAUCUUUCGUUAUCCCAAUGAACGCCAAUAUGAUUGGUCAUACAAAUUUUCCCAACUAAAGACUUCCUCAGAUGAUGGACAGACUAUCCUGUGGCUUUCAUUUCGUAUACAUUCACAAUCAUCUUCAUCUUCAACCACAUCUUCAUCAACAACAUCUUCACAUUCAGAGAUUAAUUAUCGUUCAUCGGGACGAUUAAACACCAACCAUACCGAUUCAAUAAACACAGAGUCACCUUCAACCGGAUCAUCGGAAACACUCCACUCAUCGUUACCCUCCAUUACCAAUGCGCCCACCGACAAUGGUAAACACGGCAAGGCUGGAUCAACCUCAUCAACUGGCUCAUUUUCAUCUCCACGAGAAUCCAUUGAAAACAAAUUGACCAUUGAAACUCGAGAAAUCCAUACAAAUCAACUUCAAAACCUUCUCUACUGUAUCCAUGCAUUUUUAACAGCCAAAGUCAUUUCAGUUGAUCAAUCGUUUUUACAAAAUUGUUAACAUCAGUUAAACUGGAUUACAAAUUACUAUUAG